AGAUCAAGAUCAACAACCACAACAACAAAGCCACGUGGGGGAAAGGCGUUGUGAGUAGGUGUACCUCUUUUUCUAUGGUGCCCUGAAGACAAGGAAUAAUGGCCGAGUUUGUGGAGUUUCGCAUCGAGGAGACAAUCCCGGAGGUGGAAGAGAUGGAGAGGUUGGGGAUCCUGGCCAGUAAGGAAGUGAAGAAGUUGAUACAAAAGCGAAGAGAGUUUCAGUAUCGUCUGGCAAGAAGGUCAAAGAAAAAAAUAGAUUUUGUCAACUUUAUCAAUUAUGAAAAGAAACUAAUUGAACUCAUCAGGAUAAGAAGAAAGCAAAUUGGUGUGCAUGAGAAGAAGCACCAGAUCGAGGCAUCAAUAGCUCGGCGUGUUUUGAAGCAGGCACGUCUUCUCACCCGUAUGUGGCCCUCACACCUGGACACCUGGGCUCUCAGGAUCAGCUUCUCUCACUUCAUUGGCUGGAAAAAUGAGAUUGAUAGUGCAUAUACAGAGCAGAUAAAGUUUCAUGGGAAUUGUGAGAGUGUAUGGAUUGCCUGGGCCAAGUGGGAAAUUGAGGAGAGGCGAAACUUUGACAAGGCAAGAGUAAUCUUACUCUCAAAUGCUCCUCUGUAUCAUCCCAAGUCAAUUCUGCUCAAGCGGGAGCUGUUUCGCCUGGAACUGUUGUAUGUAGAGAUGCUGAUCAAUAAAGUCAAGCACGAGAACAUAGCUGGGCUGGAGGAAGUCAUUGCUGAAAACCGGGAGAAGGUAUUGGACUGUGCUGUGGCUCAAGCAGUAUAUAUACAUGCUGUGAACAAACUUCCAGAGCCUGAGUUGUACCUCCAGCUGUACCAGGUGGCGAACAAAUUUCCGUUUGCACAUAAGUUACGAGAAGAAAUAUAUAGGGAUCUAUGCAGUAAAUUCCCUGAUACAGAAUGCCUAUGGAAACUUAAAGCCCAGAGGUUGAUAUCAGGACUUGGGGAAGCUAGGACUGAACUCCUUGACAACACCAUGACUAAUAAGAAAAAUAAUGAUGUAGAAAAUGAAGAUGGUCUUGCAGAAACCACAGACGAAUUAACUAGAGAUAUGGGAAAGAGAAAAAACACUGGAAUUGGAAGUAACAAAGAAGACUAUGAAGAAAUUAAUGAGGAAGAAGAAAUGGAAUCAGAUGAGGAAGAGCGGGAAGACACUGAUGUAGAGAAGGAAGAUAAAGAGGUGGAGGGAGAAGAAAGUGAUGAAGAAAAUGAAGAGAUAGAGGAAGAGGAGGAGGAUGAAAUGGAAGAGAGCUGUGAUGAAGAAGAAAGUGUGGUGAAAGUGGUUGAUGAUGCUGAAAAGGAAGAAGAAAACGGUAGUGAGGAUGAGAAAGAUGAUAUCUCAGAGGAUAUGGAAGAAGAGGAAGUGGAAAGUAAGAGCAGCGGUAAGACACAGGAGAAAGACACACCUCAGAGUAAAGAGAGUUGCAAUGGAAGUGAGGCAGAUAAGAAUACAAGAGAAAUUAACUUGUCCACACCAGCUGGGAAAUUAGACCCAAAAGGAAAGUUGGCAUUGUUCCUCUCAAUAUUUGACCAAGCCUUGAAAGUCGUGGGUGGAAAGUUUGUGAACACAUACAUUGAUGAGCUGUUACCGCUGCUGCACCAGUGCUGGGGCAUGGCAGACAUGACUGCUACUAUCUACAAAACCCUCCUGAAGCUGUUUGAGCAACACACUGUACAGCUCUCACCUUUGCAUUUUUAUAUUUGGUACCUAGUGUUGUGCCAGCAGCCGGAACACAAGCACAAUGCCCAGGCAGUUCUAGAGCGUGGUGUGAAGCAGCACCCUGCUGCCUCCCACCUACAGCAGCAGCUGGCAUACUGCAUUGUCAGGGAGGCAGACACUGAUGCUCCGAUCAUGAAGGAAUUAAAAAAGAUUGGCCCUUCACUGAGAGGUGAGAGUGGUCUGGCAGCCUGGAAAGAGUUUGCCAAGCACCUGUGCAAAGAUAGCAACAAGUUGAAGCUGUUCAAGGCUGCCAUGGACCUUGAGGACCAGACAGUAGCCCGAGGCAUGAGGGUGCUCUACCUCCGGGAUGUGGGCUUGCUGGAAGGUAUUGCUGGAGCUCGGAAACUAUACCAGAAGUUGAAGUGGAGGCCACCUUUCUGUAGCCGCCUUCAUGCCCAGAUGGUGGAGCUUGAGUUGGCCCAAGCCACAAUGAAUGCUGAAGCUGUUAGGGAGGUGUUCAAUAUUAGCAUUCAGCAGCAAGGUUCCUCAAACCCAGGAAUGUGGUUAGCUUAUGUUCAGUUUGAGAAGAAGCAUGGGGAUCCACUGAUGGCAGGAGGACUCCUCACCAGGGCAGAGAAAGAGCUGGAACCACAACAGGCAAAUGUCUUUCGUGAACUCAAUUUAACAAUACAAGACAUACUGAAUAAGGGAGCACCACCUUUAGGGAAUGAGGACAGUGAUAGAUUCUUUAUCGAGAAGAGUGAAGAUGAGGAGAGCCAGUUCAAGGAGGAUGUUGAACUCCGACCUGCAUUAGCAUCUCUCUUUGAGGAGGAUAUAACUCUAUCUUACACUGCAAACAAUGAACGCACCGCCUUUUUUUCAGGUGUUCAUUCUAUGGAAAGAAAAUUAAAGAAUGAUGAUAAACCAGCACAAGCAGAUGAUGGAAGGGCGUGGGAAAAAGUGUUGGAAUUGUUGGUGGACCACAAGAUCAGCCUCAACAUACAGGAAGUGAAGAUGGAAACUGCUCUUACAGUAAAGGCUGAUCAGUCUGUCCAAAAGAAACUUAUUAAACCAAGAUUUAAAGAAAAGUAUCAGCCAACAGAUCAACUCAACCCAGGUGAAGGAAAAAGUGGAAGAAUAGUAAAUGAUGAUGACAUUGAGAAAAUACUUGCCACAUCAGAGGUCCUGAAACCUGACUUCAUGCAAAAGACUUGCCUUACUCCGUACUUUGUCAACAAGAAGAAGGCAAAGGAAAUGCGCAAGAAAGAGAGUGAGAAAACCAAGGGUCCUGGAUGGUUCAACAUGAAGGCGCCUGAGCUGACGGAGGAGGCCAAGCGGGACCUGGAGGUACUGCAGAUGCGCUCUGUCCUCGAUCCUAAGAGGCACUACAAAAAUGACAUGAAGGUCCUGCCCAAGUAUUUCCAGCUUGCCGAGGUCGUUGACAGCCCCGUUGAUUUCUACUCUUCUCGUGUCCCAAAGAAACAUAGGAAGCGUACCAUGGCAGAAGAAAUCAUGCACGAUGAGGAAGCCUUGAGAUAUCAAAAGAAGAAGUAUACUGAGAUAAUAGUAGCCAAGCAAAAAAAUCAGUUCAAGCAUUCCAGUGUACUCAGAAAAAAGAAGACAAAAAAUGUAUCCAAGAAGAAAUGAAAAUUGUUGUUGAUAGCAUGAUAUGUAUAAAUUUUAUAGAUUUUUUAGUUUAUGUAAUUAUUCUAUCUAUUAAAUGACCUUAACUGAA